AUGGACGUUUCAAGCAACAGACUAUUCCGCUUCUCCAAGCCCGAGUGGCUCAACAACGCCGCCGUCCGUAACGCAGGUGUCUAUAUCUCCGGCGCACUGUUCGCUGCCGGAUUCUUCUUCCUUAUUGAUGUAGCGUCCUUCUCGCAUAGCCCCCGCAAUGGCUCAGACGUACACAUCAAGUUCGUGGAUUGGAUUCCGGGUAUCUGCUCUGCACUCGGAAUGCUGGUCAUCAACUCGAUUGAGAAGUCCAGACUGCAGGCCGAUAGCUUUAGUUAUAGUGGGAGCGGGGUUGCAUGGAAGGCGCGCUUUGUGCUCUUUUUGGGAUUCGCGCUCUUGGCGGGUGGUCUUGCAGGGAGUGUGACUGUUAUGGUGCUCAAGUAUCUUAUUAAGGAUUAUCCUUUCCAGACGCUUUACUUUGGUAUUGCGAAUGUUGUGGCUAAUGGAUUGGUUAUGCUGAGCUCUGUUGUCUUGUGGGUGUCGCAGAAUAUCGAGGAUGACUACACCUACAAUCUUGCUCUGUGA